AUGACGUUUUAUUGUGAUUUCAAAAAUGACUGUGGCGAUAACUCCGAUGAAUUAAACUGUGUUUUACGUAAUUGUACAGAUACAGAAUUCGAAUGUCUUAAUGGUGAGUGUAUCGAAAUACAGCUACGAUGUGAUUUUGUAAUUCAUUGUACAGAUGGUUCAGACGAAAUAAACUGCGAAAAUAUUUGUCCCGAGCCUCCAGGCUUCUUGUGUUAUAAUGGAGAAUGUAUUCCAGACCACAAGGUGUGCGAUGGGGUUUAUGAUUGCCAGGGUCUUUUACGCGAGGACGAAAAAGAUUGUCAGCAGCCAUUUGAAUGUGACUAUACCAGCUUUAAGUGUCCCCAUAGUUACUGUAUCCCACUGCACAGACGAUGUGAUGGAGUUGAUGAUUGUCCAUAUGGAGCAGAUGAAUUAAACUGUGAUGAGUAUACAUGCGCAGGAUACUACAGAUGCCAUGGUCAAAAAUACUGUAUACCCUCAAUUCAUCGAUGUGAUGGAAUACGACAGUGUGAAGAAGGCGAUGAUGAAUUCCUCUGCGAUAUAGUCUGUCCAGACCAAUGCACAUGCACAGGUUUGACUGUUGAUUGUACUGGUAAAAACCUCACUGCCAUCCCCGCAGAUAUUCCAGACAAUGUAAAACGACUUGAUUUUGGUGGCAACUAUCUCAACUUAACUACCAGUGAUUUCAGUAGAUUUGCAUCACUUGGAGAAUUGGACUUGACUUCUAAUGAUGUCAGUAUUUUAAAUGCUCACACUUUUGCUGGACUUAGUCAAUUAGAUGAACUAAAUUUAUCUGGCAAUAACAUGGAGUACAUUGACAAUGGAGCAUUCGAGGCUCUGCUCCAACUACGAACAUUGGAUUUAAGAGUUGGUGAUUUCAGUGUUGGCAGUCAAGACUUGUUCGAUCCUCUUGAAAACCUGAAAUACCUUUAUACAGACAACUAUAAAUAUUGCUGCAUGGCUGAGAAUUCGAGGCCAUUAGACCUGUGCACACCCCCUGCAGACCAAUUCUCAUCAUGUGAAGAUUUGCUGUCCAACCAAGUAUUGCGUGUAUGUAUGUGGAUGUUAGGACUAUUGGCGUUCCUUGGCAACCUCUUUGUCAUCAUUUGGAGACUAUCGCAAAAAGAAAAGAACCGUGUUCAUUCUUACCUUAUUUUGAAUCUCGGGAUAUCUGAUUUCUGCAUGGGAGUGUACAUGUUGAUUAUCGCUUCGGUAGAUAUGUACUAUAGAGGGCGAUAUAUUGGAUUUGCAGACGAGUGGCGUCAUAGUGAACUGUGUGAGUUUGCCGGAUUUCUUUCUAUGCUGUCCAGCGAAGUGUCGGUGUUCACGCUGACUGUAAUAACUGUUGAUAGAUUCUGUUGCAUUGUAUUCCCGUUUAAAUUUAGAAGACUGAAAGCGAAGACGGCAAUCAGAGUAAUAAGUUGUGGUUGGAUUCUAGUUCGCCAUGCUCAGCCUACUUCCUCUGUCUGGCAUCCCUUACUUCCAAGACCAAUAUUACGCUCGGUCAGGUGUUUGUUUGUCGCUUCAUCUCACUAG